UGAAUUUUUUGAGUGACACUAAUAAUUUUUUUAAAAUAUUUUUUUUUGAAAACAAAAUUAUCAUUUUUUAGAAUGGAUGAAAAAGAAAAAAAAGAAAAACUUUAAAGGGACUCACCCGAAACCUAUCACUUUCACCUUUGGGAACUUGGAAGCAAAUCAAGCAACUGCAGUAUCCCAAAUCCCAAUCAUCAAAUCAAGGGUUUCGACAUUCGAAAUUCUUUUUCCCUCUUUUUUUACCUUCUAUUUUUUGUUUUCUCAAACGCUAUUAGAUUAGAUUCAACAAUAAAUAUGAAAUGUCCGACGGAUGAAGGCCGCAGCGGCGGCGAAUUGGGCGCCAGCAGGUGUUCGACGUCGUUCGAGGCGGGGGGAGGUCGACAGAGGUUCACGGUUGAGUUGAGACCCGGGGAGACAACAAUCGUAUCGUGGAAGAAGCUUCUAAAGGAGACAACUUUCCGUCAGCCCAAAAACAAUGGGCCUGCCAGCCAUGUCCCGAGCUCAUCCGAACCUGCAGCUGAACUCCAACCACCUCUUCCCCAGCCCCAUAAUCAGUCCUCCGAUAAUCUCUUCCCUCAGAAACAACCUGAUGCAAAGGAAGCUAAGGACCCUCCCCCUGGAAACCGUUUAAAUGCUGUAAUAGAGAAGAUAGAGCGCUUAUACGUGGGCAAGCAAAGUGAUGAUGAAGAAGAUCUUGAUGAUGUUCCCGAUGAAGAUGAGUAUGACACGGAUGACUCUUUCAUAGAUGACACUGAGCUGGAUGAUUAUUUUCAGGUUGAUGACUCAGCUAUAAAACAUGAUGGGUUCUUUGUCAAUCGUGGGAAAUUAGAACGGAUUGAACCUACAGUACAACAAAAUCAACAGCCAAAUAAGCGUAGAAAGAAAGAUCAAACCAAAGGUCUGUCUUUGAGUGAUGAUGGAGGUAAUACAAACAAGCAUGCUAAAGUAGGAAAGAAGGCUAGGAAACUCUUACCAAAUGCUGCUGGAGCAUCUAAUCACUCUCAUGGUGUGGUCUUGCCAACUCUGUGUGUCGAGAAGACUAAUGUAAAAACUCAAGAUGCAAAUCUAGAUCUGCAGAAUUCAGAAGGACACCUUUCAAGAAAAGUUGUUGACAAAUUGAAAGAAGGUUUUGAAACGUCUAACAAGAGGGGAGGAAAAAGUGGAAUUGAUGAAAGGCUAACCAUGAUAAGUGUUCCUGAUGGGAAGAAGUCUACACAAAGUGCGAAAAAGGAUGGUGGAUCUAAUGUGAGAUCAAAGAUUUCAGCGCUUGAGAAGGCCAUUAGAGACUUGGAGAAGAUUGUCACAGAGUUAAGGCCACCUAUGGUUGAAGUUCAAGAUGGUGAUAAUGCGUCUCAAUCUAUCAAAAGGAGACUACCGUUAGAAAUAAAGCAAAAACUGGCAAAAGUCGCUAGAUAUGCGCAGGCAAGCCAUGGAAAAGUAUCUAAAGAGUUAUUAAAUCGUCUAAUGAGCAUUGUUGGCCACUUGAUACAGCUCCGGACAUUAAAGAGAAAUUUGAAGAUAAUGAUUCUUACGGGUUUAUCUGCAAAGCAGGAGAAAGAUAACCAGGUGCUACAAAUUAAAAAGGAAGUUGCAGAGAUGGUAAAGAUUCGAAUCCCGCUUAUGAAAUCGAAGGCAAUUGAACAACAAGCUGGAACUUCUGAUGAUUUUCAAGCAAUUGCACCUGAAGAAAAAGAAGCUUUUAAACGAAAAUAUUGCAUGGAUAAUGUGCUAGAAGACAAAAUAUGUGAUCUGUAUGAUCUCUAUGUCGAGGGACUGGAAGAAGAUGCUGGCCCGCAGGUCAGGAAGCUUUAUGCAGAGCUUGCUGCAUAUUGGCCAAAUGGAUUCAUGGACAACCAUGGGAUCAAACGAGCUAUUUGCAGAGCAAAAGACAGGAAGAAGUCAUUACACAACCGACAUAAGAGUCAAGAAAAAGUAAGAAAAAACAAAAUGUCGGGCCAAAAGGAAGAAGAUGCUUUGAGAGUAGACACUACUGCUGCUGUUGCUGCUGCUACUACCACUACAACUACUACAAUGCUUUUUGGUCAACCAGUGCAGAAUCAAGAGAAGUUGGCAGUUGAUGCAAAAGAUCACAGUUUGACUGCAACAAAUAAGCCAACCGUGCCGAGUGCUGCAUCAGUAACUUCUGCCAUACAGACGAUGCCUAUUUCCUCUCAGGGUGGCAUUGUUUUGGGUCGACCCAUACCCGAUAAAGCAAAAGGAACUAGCGAUAGGCAUAUUGCACCUGAUGGGUUGAAAAAAAAGAAAAUGAAGAGGAAAAUGGAAUCAGAGUUGAUAGUUGAUCGCCCAGAGAACCGAUAUCAGGAGCCGAAAGUCAUUCCUCCCCCUCCAAAACCAAUUCCAAAACCCAUUCCCAAACCCAUGAUCGAGUUAAAUGGCCCUCCAAGCUUUGAAGAAGAAGCAUGAAUAUAUUUUAGCAAGAUUCAAUACUCCCUUCUCCUUAAAAUAUCUUUGCUUAUGCUUCUCUUCCAUUUGGCCAGCUAUCACCUGUAAGUUUUUUUUACUAUACUAGUUUUUUCGGCACAUUGCAUUUUAAUCUUUCUUGAAAGUGAUGGGGUAGAAUGGUUUGAGCCAUGUUUAGAAUUCGAUACACAUGCCAUCUUACAGUGUGAUUGGUUUUUGAGUUCUUCCUUGUAAACUGUUUCU